GAGACAAACGAGUUAAUACUAUGAAAUCAUUUUAAUUAGUGGGACUCAAUGUUCGUGAAAUGAGAUUUUUCGUUGGAAUGUGGUUUUGCCUAUAUGGUUUCUGUACAUUGAUAGUUUAAUAUAUUGUGUAUUUCGUUGUGGUUUGAAAUUUCUGGGAUAAAGGUAGAUACAAAAUUCACGAAAAAUUGAGCCUCUUCGAAAUGUAAUAAUUCUACAAUAUAAUGGAUUGUAAUUUGUACUACAUCUAAUGAAUGGGACCUGUUUGAAGAUGUAGUUUGAAACUGGUUUAAGCACAGUAAAUUACGAUGAGUAUGACAAAUGUCAAAUGAUGGGGUUUUGUGUGUGUGUGUGUGUCAAUUUUGGAAUGUUUAGUACUUGUAUAAAGUUUUGACGUGACUGAUCCUUAAAUACCACUUAUGUCUUUCUCGCUAAACUUAAGUGAUCUACUAGAGCAUAAAUACGGUACAAGCACACUAAGUAGCGGCGGGAUGGUGUUGUGAAUCAAUAAUAACCUUGUGUUGGUUAGAUACAGGCUGUUUUAGUUUUCAUUGAAGGUGUCAAAACUUCUUAAAGGAAACCGUGUUAUAAAUUUUACAUACCUAGCAUAUUUAACCAUUUCAUCUUGAAGUACACAGAAGUUGAAUUAUUCCGGAGAAUGUGUGGGAAAAUCAGACUGCAGGUUAUUUCGCUUUGGAUAUUUGUGUUACAUGCAGUGAACGGACAAUGGUUGUAUAACGAGAAUCCAAAUACACAGAAUGAGAAUCAAGCAGCACAGUUCCUAAAAACAGAAAUACAACACAUCACACAAAACAUAGAAAGAAAUGUAAUUCAAACACUGGAGGGUAUGCAGAAUAAAAUGGAGGAGAGGAUCAGCGAAGUGGUAGACAAAAUCCAGAAGGAAAAAAUGGGGACAGAAAGUACUAUUGUCAGAAAUCUAAGCAGAUCCAUCGCUGAGCAACAAGAUCUCAUUAACACAAUGAAAACACAGUUUCCAUCGGGUAUCAGUGGUAAACGAGGACUGUUGGAGACAAUUCGUGAAAUAAUGGUUACUUUGAAAGGCAUCGAAAGAAAAGUCCAAGGUGUGGACUCUAUCAAACAAUCUCUAGAUAAUCUUACCACUGAAAUUGAAAAUGGAAACUCCCAAAGACGAAAGAUGGUAAAUCUUCUCAUUCAUGUCAAUAAAAGUCUGUCUGAUGUAAAGACGAGACAGGGUGACUUAAGGGAAGAAUUAGUGUCUGUUCUCACUAAUGUGUCUUAUAAGGUCGAUUCAGGCGGUGUAGAUAAUGUUGUCAACGAAUUAAUGAACGCUAUUGAUUACCUAACCGUUCAAAUGAACUCAAUUGGUGAAUUUAAUAAUUCAAGGAGCAUUGCUAAUCCUGAUAUAAACUAUCUCAUUGGGAACUUCAGUAGUUUGAUGACACCACCAGAAAAUUUUCAGAGAGAACUCAGCAUGCUGAAUUCCAAUAUAGCCUCUGUACUUGAGUUGAAAAACCAAACAGACUCUACAAAGAAAGUUAUGGAGAAACUAACUAUGAUGAACGAAAAGCUUGAAAGUGUCGAUGAAAUAGGCGAAACUCUGUCCAAUCUAACAGAUCUAUUUGAAAGCGAAAGGUCUAAAAGAGAAAAUAUGUUAACGCUUAUAAGAAACACGGUUGGUCUUGUGUCAGAUGUUAAGAACAAACAAGAAUCAAUUAGCGAGGAAAUGAAUGAUUUGAAAAUGAACCAGUCCUUUAUAACUGAAUUGAAUCGACUAAAGAACAUGGUGGAGGAUUUAAUUGGGAAUGUUACAGGAAACUAUAACAACACCCAAAAGAGUACAUGUAAUCAUACACGCGAAGCCGUAGCAAACAGCAUAACAGGUACCGACUGUGCCGAUAUAUUAAAGAAAUUCCCAGAGACCCAAGGCAAAAAUGGCAUUUUCGAUAUCACUACUUUACAGAACGAUACGAAAAGAGUCUAUUGUGACAUGACAACAGACAAAGGCGGAUGGACGGUUAUACAACAGAGGGUUGAGGAGUUGAUGGAUUUUUACCGGAACUGGUCGGAAUAUAGAAAUGGUUUUGGUAAGCCGGGCGGCAAUUAUUGGAUAGGGCUCGAAACAAUGCACAGUCUUACGUCCAAGAAAACAUACGAACUACGAGCUGACAUGCAAAGAUUCAAUGAUGACAAGGCCUAUGCAAAGUACUCGACAUUCUCAGUAGGAGAUGAGGCGGACAAAUACGAAUUGAAAGUUCUGGGGUACACUGGAAACGCUGGGGACAGCAUGACAUACAGUAAUGGUAUGAAAUUCUCAACACUAGACCGAGACAACGAUAAGGACAGUGGAAAUUGCGCCACCUAUUGGAAGACUGCCUGGUGGUUCAAAUCUUGCUUCUAUGCCAAUCCUAAUGGUCAGUAUACAAACUCAGAAAAAAGUGGCUGGAAAUACGUAGUGUGGUACCAUUGGAAAAACAAAAACAUUUCACUGAAGAAUAUCAAGUUCAUGAUUCGACCAAGGACUUAACCGAACUCGGACAUCUGGAUCGCCCUCUAAAAUCUACUAUAUGUAGGGACAGACAAAUCUAUAUCUUUCUUUUUAAUCCUUAUAAAUACGAUAUUCCUAUUUUUAUAUACCCGUAUUCUUUCCCAGAGGUUUUUACUUAUGAAUAAAUCUAACUGCAUGUGAGCCUUGCUUUGAUUAAUGCAGACACAUUAUAUUGAUGUCGUUAAACUUAACAUAAACUGUGAAACUAGUUGUUGCUGCCAAGUAUUUUUCAAUAACCAUCAUUAAUUUUACUGGCUUUAUUUCAAUUCAAAAACUAAUAAAAUAACUCAAUGCUACUAAUAUUCGUAGUUUGUUAUUCUCAUGGGUCCUGCUAAGAUAGCUUGCAAUGUGCGGUCUCUAUUGUAUGUCGGGUAGAAAAACAAAAAACAAUUUCACCCCAUUGAGGCCAAGUUAAAUCCCCUACCCUCUACCUUUUUGUACCGAAAAAAAAAUGCGAAAAAUCAAUUUGAAUUCUCUUUCGUGUAUGAUCGGAUGCUCUCCAGUAUUUUCUGUCAUCAUGCAUUUUAUUACAUCGUAUUAGAAAUACAUGUAGCAAACACCAUGUACAAUUCUAAAAUCACUAGAGGAAAGUCGUUCUGUAGCAAACACCAUGUACAGUUUUAAAAUCACUAGAGGAAAGUUGUUCUGUAGCAAACACCAUAUACAAUUCUAAAAUCACUAGAGGAAAGUCGUUCUGUAGCAAACACCAUAUACAAUUCUAAAAUCACUAGAGGAAAGUCCUUCUGUAGCAAACACCAUGUACAAUUCUAAAAUCACUAGAGGAAAGUCCUUCUGUAGCAAACACCAUGUACAAUUCUAAAAUCACUAGAGGAAAGUCGUUCUACCCAUUACGGCUAAAAAGUAAUACAGUUUAUAAAUUCUGCUUUGCAAUGAAAAUAAAACUGAGAAAAAAAUUCGCAAACCGGCUUUUAUUCUACAAAUUAGGACAAAAUCUGUAAUAAACGAUAAUAAAUGCAACUACUGCCAACUUUUUGGAAACUGAAAGUAUGGAAAUAAGAACUUGAACUGACUUUGACACAUGAAAAGAACCGGGACAUACAAAAAACAUCGAUUUUCAAAGCGUCUGUUUUGCAUCUUUAAAUGAAAACAUUAUUCAUAUGUAGCUUCAGAUAAAAUGCCAUAGAUAUGAUACUAAAAUAAAAUUAUUUUCAAAGGAUA